UAUCGUAAGAGGUUCUCGUGGAGGCUAAAACCCUCAAAGAAACCAGACAACGGAGGAUCCUCCCGCACUCUCCAAAUGCUAUCUCGUAUACUCUCUAAACCCUCAAGCCUCCGUUUUGUAGCCCUAAUCUCAUCAUCUCAAUCUCACUACAAACAUCACCAUCCUCCCCUGGUUCAAAACCCUACCUCCUCUACUUUCUUCUCAAUCAACUCUCGCUAUUUUUCCACCAAUCGCGGAGACGGUAGUAAAUCGUCCGAUAUCUGGAAGAUUUCGUCGGGAAAUGAAGAAAGCAUCGAAUCUGUGUUCGGUAAAGAAACUGAGAGCCUCGAAGGUAUUGCUGGUGGAGAGGAUGCAGUAGAGGAGAAGUCUUGGUUUAGUGUUGAAUCGAAGGAGAAAGGAGGUAAUGGUGAAGAAGAUGAUAUUUUCAAGGUAAUAGAGAGUGAGAGGAAAGGGGCUGAAGUGAGUGGUGCUGAUACGUGGGGGGCGGAGGAAGGAGUUAAGGACUGGAAUUUUGUGGUGGGAGAUCAGAAAGAGGGAGACGGAGAAGAUGGGAUCUUUGAUAUUGGAGAUGCAGGGGUUUCGGAAUUGGCUGAGCUUGAUGUUAAUGUAGAUGAAAAAAUGGCGAGUCAAAAGAAAGAAGAAGAUAGAUUACUGGAGAUUGAGGAGAAAGCUCUAUCAGAGGUACUCAAAGGUCCAAAUCAUGCAUUUGGCGACUUGAUUGCUGCAUCAGGAAUCACAGAUGAAAUGCUGGAUAGUUUAAUGGCUCUGAAAGACUUAGAUGAUGUUCCAGGAUUGCCCUCACUGAGUGCAAUUGAGGACAUGCGAUAUGAAAAGAACACGAGGAAGUCAACUAGGGCAGACAUUGAGCGACAAAAGCAAGAGGAAAUUGCCAAAUCAAGGGUAAGACAGGUUGAUACUCAGGGUAGGGCUUAUGGGACUGGAAAAAGGAAAUGUAGUAUUGCCCGUGUAUGGAUUGAACCUGGUGAGGGUAAAUUUGUCAUUAAUGACAAACAAUUUGAUGUCUAUUUCCCCAUGCUUGAUCAACGAGCAGCUCUUCUUCGGCCUCUGUCGGAGACCAAAACAUUGGGCCUUCUUGAUGUUAAUUGUACUGUUAAAGGAGGCGGUGUGUCAGGUCAAAUUGGUGCAAUUCGUCUUGGUAUGAGCAGGGCAUUACAAAACUGGGCACCAGAUCAAUUCCGUCCUCCUUUGAAAGAAGUGGGUUUCUUGACAAGAGACUCGAGGAUUGUGGAAAGGAAGAAACCUGGUAAGGCCAAAGCAAGAAAGAGCUUCCAAUGGGUUAAGCGUUGAUUGGGUUUUGAUUUGAUUUACCGAAUGUACCCAAAAGAGUCAAAAUUGAUAAUUUGUAGGAUCUUAACAUAGAAAAUGCAAAAAUCAUAAUCUAUGCCUUUUUGGACUUGGAAACCUUUGUGUGUUGUCUCUAGUUAUUUUAGGGUUUUUUUGUGGUUUGUUGGAUUUUUGGUUACAUUGAGGGUGGUGUAACGGUCACAAUAAUAAUAUUGUUAUUGGAUUUUUAUA